AUGUUUGAAAAUGGCCCCCCUGUACCUAACGGAUCAUCUUAUUUGCUCCCACCACCAAACAUGUUUGGACAAGGAUUCGCCCCUUGCUUACCAGGAUUACCGGGUAGUUUUGCUGAAGACCUGACACGGUCAAGUGAAGAUAGAUGCAAAGCGACAUUGAAUCCACUCGUUUCGCGAAACGCCUACACUUCUAGUAAAGCUGCAACUGAUCAACUUCCAUUCCCCCAGUGGUUUUCGGCCAUGUCAAAUGAACCAAUAGUGUUCCCGAACACAUACCCCCUAUUGUCUCCUGCGCAGUUCUCAUUGGAAACACCAUGGAUAAGCUACCCUUCUGUGUGUGCCCCUCAAGAUGACUUGGUUGAUCCACAUUCACUUUUCGCUAACUCCGUUAUCAGACCCAAAACAUUCACAUCAUCUGAGAAACAGCUGAAUAAUUCUUUGAAAAUUAAUCAACUGCACUCUCCAUGCAAAUUCCCUGUUGACCGAUCUCUGUGCACCACUUCUCAGAACAACGCGACGUACCCAAAUUUGGUGCCUUUUGACAUGUUAAAUCAGCAUACGGAAUCAGACAAUUCUUCUAGUAUGCUGGAAGGUAACGAAUUCAACCCCACAUCGACAGAAUCGGUACAAAAGUGUGACUCUGGCCAGUUGUUCAAUGGACCCACAACUCUUGGGCCCUUGCCUUCAAAUGGUUUGUCUCCUCCCCUACGCAAUCCGUACACUGGACGUGGAGAUGUACGAAAAGCAGACUCUCCUAAUCUUCCCAUGGAUCUGUCAAUUGGCUUUCGUAAAGAACUGGAACAAACACUUGAGUGA